AUGCCGAAAAAGCGUCCGCAUCACAAAUCGCGAUUCGGAUGUGACCAAUGUCGAAAGCGACGCGUAAAAUGCGAUGAAAAGGCACUUCGAUGCACGAAUUGCUCCAACCGAGGCGACGAGUGCAAUUUUUCUCGCCAACCCCUCGAGAAGUUCGAUGCUAUGAACGAAAACGAUUCGCCCGAAUCGUGGGGGCCGACUUCCGCGGUAACACCCACGUCCACCGACGUGUCUGUUAACCCUGCCUUUAGCCCAUACGCAGUACCUGGCCCGACUCCAUCACUCCAGGAGCCAAUCGCAAUCACGAAUGUAGCGCUUAUGCAUUACUGGUGCACAUGGACGUGCCACAGCUUUACACGGAAAGGAUCUGAAAUUUUUCGAGAGCAUGUGGGGAAAGAAGCUCUUCGGCAUGAUUAUCUCAUGGAAGCCAUAUUCGCUAUGACAUUACUUCACCUGGCAAGCGCAAUGGAAGAUCCUAGGGCAAUGCGACCAUUGGUUAGCGCAGCCCUUCAACACCAAAAUCAGAGCGUUUUAGGUCUCCGGACGACUCUUAGCCAUAUCUCACAGUCGAAUUGCGAUGCCGUGUUCAUAUGCUCCGUCUUAAUAAUGGUUUGCGCUAUUGUAUCACCCCUUCUGCCCACUGUGGAUAGUGAGCAAGUCAAGCCUACCUCAGAAACUGUACUACUGCUAGUCGAAUUCAUGAAUGGCGUCUCAUCUAUUGUCGGACUUACUCGCCAUUGGAUCGAGCAGGGUCCGCUCCAUAGGUUUUUCGGUGUCGUUGAGCCAAAGUCAUCCUUCAUUGGAGAAUGGGCUCCCGCGGCAGACUUGCGGCAACUGAUGAACACAGAGAUCAGUCGCGGCAGCAAUACGCACCAAACUUUGGAGAAUGCGAUACAAGGCCUGGAAAAAGUUUCUAAUAGGGAAACUUGCGCACUUUUCUGGAUGAUUAAAGUUGAUUCCGACUUCCUAAAUGCGCUACGAAGAGGCGAACCCAUUGCUAUGAUGAUCUUCAUGCAUUGGGGCGUACUUCUGUACACCACGGAUGAUAUGUGGUGGAAAAAAUAUUCUGGUUCGAGGCUUGUCCAAGAGCUCUCCGCUACGCUUAUCGGGUAUGGUGAGGAUUGGGAGAGGAUGUCAAGAUGGUGUCGACGACAAGUUGGCUUAAACGAGAAAAGCUUAGGAUUGUUUUGA